CGUGUGUAGUGUGUUGUGGUGGAGCCAACAUGGCGGCUCCUCUGGAAGUGAUAGUGAGCAGCGACUCCGGGUCUCAGCUCUGGAACAGCACCGUGUUCGACCUGCACAGCGGCUCCAGCCUGCUGUCUUACCGGGGAGGGAACAGCGCGGCCCGGACACUGACCGUCCUCAGCGGGCAGUACCUGCUGUCCGCCCAGGUGGCCAAGAACUUCAUCAACGUGUGGGAAAUCCAGAGGAAGGAUCAGCUGCAGCAGAAGAUCGUGUGUCCAGGUGUGGUCACCUGUCUGACCGCCUCACCUAACGGGCUCUUCCUCACUGCCGCCAUCGCUGAGGCCAUUUAUCUGUGGGAGGUGUCGACAGGUAAGCUGCUGUGUGUCCUCAGUCGUCAUUAUCAGGAUGUCACCUGUCUGAAGUUCACAGAUGACAGCAGCCAUUUUGUCUCUGGAGGAAAAGACAACAUGGCUCUGGUGUGGAGCCUGUCCAGUGCUAUCCAGCUGGAUCUAAGCCACACCCCUGAGCCGCGGCACAUCCUUUCUCGUCACUCUCUGCCAAUCACAGACCUGCACUGUGGCCUGAUGGGAGCUCAGGCCAGAAUAGCCACCGCCUCCUUAGACCAAACCGUCAAGGUGUGGGAGUUGUCCUCUGGCGAGCUGCUGCUGUCCGUCCUGUUUGACGUGGAGAUCAUGUCGGUGACCUUUGACCCCAGCGAGUACUUCCUGUUCUGUGGAGGCAGCGACGGAAACAUUUUCCAGGUGUCUCUGUGCAGCCAGAGUCUCAGUCGGGACAAAUCCUUCCAGUCCGACAACGAUGGGAACCAGGUCUUCAAAGGACACAGGAACCUGGUGACGUGUCUCUCGGUGUCGAUGGACGGGACUCUCCUUCUCUCUGGGUCGCAUGAUGAGACGGUUCGACUCUGGGACGUCCAAAGCAAACAGAGCAUCCGCUGCCUCGCUCACAAAGGUCCGGUGACGAACGCCAUCAUCAUGGCGGCUCCUGCUAACAUGUUCCUGCCCGACAGUCGGCCUGCCAUCCCUCUGCCACGCUUCAGCCGACACCUGCACGCCUCCGAGGGCGACGGGGGCGAGUCAGGAGAGGUGUGCGUCCGACUCGGACCCUACACUCAGGAGGAGGAGGAGACGUACCUGCAGAAAGCUGACCGGCUGAACUCGCUGAUGAACGCUGUGACUGACAAGUCGGUGUUCGGUGACGGCGAGAACACGAAGGUUCGAGUCGCAGAGCUCGAAGAAGAAGUUCAGACGCUGAAGAAGGUCAACAAAGAUCUGUACGACUUCUCCAGCCAGCUGCUCACCAAGCCCACAUAGACACAUGUACA